AUGGCUACGUCUAACAUUGCCCAAUUAAUUGGUGUGUUUUGUGUGCUCUGCGCACUGAAUACUCUGUCUAUCCCCAUUUGUAUGGCCGAGUCAGCAGGCGUGAACUUCGGCUUUAAUGAAUUCACGAGAUGCAACACAAGCAACAUUCUUUGUGUAAAUGAUGCCACAAUAUCUGGGCAUAAAGUCCAUCUUACAAACAAUACAAACGUUCAAGUGAGCAACAACACUUCUGGGAGGAUUGUUUACAACCAGACCAUUGGGAUCUCUUCUAUUGCAAGCUUCACUACGGACAUCCAGUUCGCUAUGAAAUAUUAUAAUCUGAGUCGUGAUGACCAAGGAGGAGAGGGAAUUGCUUUCUUCAUGGCAUCUAAAGAAAUCGCGACAAUUGCUCGCUCAGCUGAUUAUUACAGUGGUCUUCCGGGAAAUGGAUAUAAGUUGUCACCCAAGAUGGUUGGUGUUGAAUUUUAUUGUUACAUUUACAACUGCUCUAUCUACACAGAUGUUGCUGGCUAUCUUCCUUCUGAGUCUUACAAUAAAACAUAUUUGAAUCAAACAUUAAACGAUGGUGCUUUGUGGAAUUCACGAAUAGAGUACAACGAUAUAGAAAAGUACCUGCAAAUAUUUCUCACAAAUGCCUCCAAAACCUCCAUGUCCCAAAAAGAUCUUGUUUUUGCAUUUCCUUUUGAUUUCUCUAAAUAUCUCCCAGACAAUCUUGUAGUAGGGAUUUCUGCUUCUGCUCAAAAUUCAAGUCAGACCCACACAAUCCUUUCAUGGAGUUUCAAUACCAAGGCCAAAACAAGAAAGUCUUCAACCAAAAUAAUAAUUGUUACGAUUGUAGGAGUCUUUUGUUGUUUAGCAGGGGCACUUAUGAUCUGGAAAUUGUUUUCCAUUGGGAAGAAGAGGAGAUUGGAAAGCAGAAGCAGACAAACAUGCGAAAAUGACGAAAUAGAGAUUAGCAUGCUUGUAGACCAGGGGCCAUGUAGAUAUAAGCUGGAGGAUCUCAAGGCCGGAACAAACAAUUUCAGUGAAACUCAAAAGUUGGGGCAGGGAGGAUUUGGAGGUGUGUACAAAGGCGUUACAGGAGAAGCAAACGAAGUGGUAGCUAUCAAGCGCAUCUCACAAGGGUCGAGACAGGGAAUGAAAGAAUUCAUCUCUGAAAUAAGUAUUGUUAGUCGCGUAAGACAUCGGAACCUUGUUCAGCUUUUGGGAUGGUGUCAUGAGAAAGGAGAAUUGCUUUUGGUGUACGAGUACAUGUCCAAUGGUAGCCUUGACAAACAUCUUUUCAGCAAAGGAGCUUCUCCCCCAUUACAGUGGAGUCACAGAUAUCGAAUAGCUUUGGAAAUAGCUUGUGGACUGUUGUAUCUCCAUGAAGAAUGGGAUCAAUGUAUUGUACACAGGGAUAUAAAAUCCAGUAAUGUUAUGCUCGACGGCAAUUUCAAUGCAAAGCUUGGGGACUUCGGUUUGGCGCGCAUGCUGGAGCACAAUCGCUUGUCUCAGACCACAAUAGCGGCUGGAACCUUUGGUUACCUGGCUCCUGAGUGUGUGAUCACAGGAAGAACAAGCCCUGAAUCAGAUGUUUACAGCUUUGGUGCCGUGGCCUUGGAAAUUGCUACAGGAAAGAGAAUAGUAGAUGAGAGAUUGCAAGAGCAUAAUAUGAGACUUGUAGAGUGGGUAUGGGAUCUUUAUGGUCAAGGCAAAAUUUUGGAAGCUGCUGAUGAGAAAUUAAAUGGGGAGCAUGAAGGGGCAGAAAUGGAACAAUUGAUAGGAAUAGGGUUGUGGUGCUCUCAUCCAGAUCCACUUGCAAGACCCAAAAUUAGGCAAGUGGUAAAGCUGUUGAAGCUGGAAGAUCGAGUGCCUAAUCUUCCUCAAGAAAUACCUGUGCCAACAUAUGCCGCAUUUCAUGGAGCCGACUUUUCAGUUCCAUCUUCAUUUACAAUGGAGACUUCCAAUGCACUCCCAUCUCAAUCAGGUAAUUCAUCUCAAGUCUCCUCCUGA